GUAAAAUCGGUCUUUCUUAAAAAUAAUUCAUCCUAAUCCAAAACUUUGAUAAAAACAUAUACUAUUUAAUAAGUAAUUAAUUGAUAAUCAAUUAUCUAAUGUACUGCAACAAUAAAUUAUAAUUAUUUAGCCGGCGUAAUUAUAAAUAAUGAGUAAAGGUUGUUGGAAAUUUGACGAGCAAGAUAAAGCUCUGUACAUUGACAUUGAAGAGGAACCAGAAAAUAAAAAACGCAACAAAUCAUACAGCGCAUGGGACAGAUUACCCGAUAUAUUAUUAGAAGAAAUAUUUUCAUAUUUAACGAUACGUCAACGCUAUUACGCAUCUCUGGUCUGUCGAUCUUGGUACUAUGCAUUUAAAUUACCAAAAGUAUGGUCAAGAUUUACUCUCCAAGACACGACAUUGACCCGCGGGAAGUUCAACUAUUACAGCGGGUGGUGUUACGUCCUCGAUCACAUGCGAACCUCAACAUGUCUGCACAAAGUCGGCCGUCAUUUUCGCUCCCUGGUAUUCGAACCCAUGUACAACUUUUACAAUCUGUAUGAAUUUAUGAACAUGAUUUCCUGGUUCUCCGAGCGUCAGAUCACCAACGACCCAGCGGUCCUCGGAGUCGGCACAAAUAUUCGUCAUUUGAAAUUCACAUUUCCCUGCAACAUGGCCAAUCGUGAUGAUCCAGAGCAGAUUAAAGUAUUUGGGACCGGUGGUAAACUUCUUGAAGCUGUAAAAAGGCUUGCCCAGAAUUUAAAAAAUUUACGUUCCCUAGAGUUCAUCGAUCUGAUGCUUGACAGUAAAGAAGCGCUUUAUUUUUUAGACACUAUUUGUGAAAAUUGUACUGAGACUUUGAAACAUCUUGUGUUAAUUAAUACAACUAAAUUUUACUGUCCAUUACUACACGUCGGAGUAUUUCUUAAUUUAAAUGUACUUGUUAUAAGCCCGCAAAAUUUAGAUGAUGAUGUGAUAGAUUUAAUUGGGUAUACUAAAUUAAAACACAUGCAUAUAUUUCAAAAUCGUUAUAGCCCCGUUGACACAACUGUCCGAUUGCCAAAACAUUCAUCAUGGAUAAAGUUACGUAAAAAUAAUCCGUAUCUAAAAGUUCACUUUGAAGUGGAAAGUAAUAAACCGGACGUAAUACUACCAAUUGAAUUUCCUGAGCACAGUUCAAUACCGUGUCACAGUAUUGUGAUAGACAACCAGACAGCUCAGAUAACAGCCUCGAUGAUGUUGGCACAGGCGAUUAAUUUUCAAAAGUCACUGGCCAUUUACGCGAUAAAAAGUAUCCCGAAAUAUUAUCAGCAUCGAAGCUUCUCGAAGCGUAUAGACGAAGUCAUCGUACGACUCUGCAGAACUUGUCCAAAUAUUAACACACUGAUGAUACGAGACAAAAUAUCGACCUCAACACUACUCGAGAUAGCGUCAACAGCAAAGUCAUUGCGCUAUUUAUACGUCCGACGUCAAGCUGUUUUAAAGCGAUGCGAUAAAACCUGGUCAUUGGUAACAGAGUGGACUCCAGAUCACGAAAACUGGAUAAAGUCGAACUGCAAAUCCUACGACAGUACCGAGAAAGAAAUCUCGAAGAUUUUGGGGUAUAGGUGGCAUAUGCUUACAGAAAAAGAAUUUAAAGAACAAACUGUUAAUUUGCAUGUAUAA